AUGGCAAUAAUACCAUUACAACAAAAAUAUGAGAGAAGAGCGGAUACUACUACUAAACCUACAAAAACGAAUUCUGCGAGUACCCCUAAAUUGACAUCAUCAAAAGAACUUCCCUCGUCAACAGAACUUUCUUCGUCAAUAGGUCCCACGCCAACAGAACUUCCUUCAACGGAAUCCUCAAAAAAUGAAAGUGAAAAUGAUUCACCAUCAGUUGCAAUUACUGGGAUCUUCAUUAUAAUAGUUAUAAUGAUUAUAAUUGCGUUCAUUGUGCGUAAAAAGGUUAAAAAUAAACGUCGCAGAGAUCGUGAAGGAUCAGUACGUCUAAUAGAUGAACCAGGUCCAUCAGGGAUGCUUGCCAUUCAAACUAGUGAUGCUCAUGGUACUCUUAAUAAUUUCAAUUAUAAUGAUGAACGAGUGAGAGUCCCAAGCAAACCACCUAUGGUACAAUUAAAUAGGUCUAGCGCAUUUGCGCUUGAUUACGAUCCUCGUAAUUCAUCACAAAGCAACCGUAAUUUAAAUAAUUCACGAGAUGUCAUUACUCCUAUUGCUCCUAUAAAUACCAACUUAAAUAUUACUCAAAAACCUUCACCUAAGUCAACUGAACCUAAAAAGAAAUAUUUAACCCCUAGAACAAGCGUUCACUCUACUUCUAGCACCAACACCACAAGUACCACAAGUGAUAUUAAUAAAAGUCGACCAAGUUCGACAUUGGUUCAUGAUUUAGAGAUGGAAGAAACUCAAGGUGGAAUCUCUCCAAUGAAUAGAAUAACUUUAAGCGAUUAUAAUGACUAUAAUAACGUCGUUUCUGAACCAUAUCCUACAUUUGAAUCACAAUUUCCUUCACCUCCCCAUAGACUAUCUUCAAAUCUGUCGGUUUGCCAAUCUGAACAAUCUGAAGUAAGUUCUAUUGAAUCUGAUAAAGAUCCUUUUAAAGAUAUUGUUGUUGAAGUAAAGGAAAGCGGAGAAGCAAGUUUAAGAUAG